AUGUGGCCUACUGAUUUUGAUAUUAAACUUGAUGAUUUUGAUGCCAUGGAGCUGCCUGGUCAGCAGCUUGCCUCAGCACAUGCGUAUACGCCGCUAGACCAUGUACUGAGCCUUGAUAUAAAGAGUCCAGCGGGCUGUCUACGAAUGACGUCGAUUAUAGCAACAAUGGGAAAAUCAACAUAUGAUAUUGAUAUAAUGGUGAAAAUGAUGGCAGCGGGUAUGAAUAUAGCAGUUCUGAACAUGUCCUUUGGCUCAAGAGAAGAAAACGUUGAAACUAUAAAAAUGCUGCGACAGGCUGUCAAACAAUACAGCACAUUAAUGGGCAGACACUACCCUCUAGCCGUAGCUGUUCGACUAACUGGAAGAAAAAUUAGGACUGGACGGAUUGCAGAAACUUACGGUGACGAAGUAGAAUUAAAGGUUGGAGAAGUAGUCAGAUUAACCACUGAUGAAACGUAUAGAGACCGUUGUUCUAUGUACACGGUAUACAUAGACUUCAUGCUCUUCGCUGACCAACUCAAAAAGAGGGACUUGGUACUAUUAGAUAAUGAAACUAUUAUGUUACAAGUGGAAGUCAUAUCCACUACCACCCUUACGUGCAAGAUCGAAAGAGGUGGCAUGCUAGGGUCAUAUAAAGACGUAUUCGUACCAAAUGUAGUAUUCGAAAUGCCGAAUUUUUCUGAAAAGGAUAAGUUAGAUAUUGCCAUGGCUGUCCAUCUACAGGUGGACCUUAUAAUCGCUUCCUUUGUAAACAGCAGAGCAACUAUUGAAGAACUAAAACAAAUUUUGGGAGAAAAAGGAAAGAAAAUAGGUAUCAUAGCCAAUAUUAUGACUAUUGAAGGCUAUAGAAACUUUGAUGAUAUUCUUAAUAUAGCCGAUGGUGUAAUGAUUACAAGGCAAGAAUUAGGAUCAGAUAUUAGCCCGAAGAAGUUAGUAAUUGCGCAGAAAAAUAUGAUUGCUCGAGCGAAUAGAGCGAAUGUCCCAAUAAUGGUUUGCGCUCAUCUGUUGAGCAGCAUGAGGUUCCAACAAAUAGCUCUGAGAGCGGAACUUUUGGACAUAGCCAAUUGCAUCCUCGAUGGUGUCGAUGGGCUGGUACUCUCAGCUGAAACGGCUGUUGGCAACUACCCUGUGGAAACAGUAUCUUGCCUGAACUUGGCGUGCAAGGAAGCCGAAGCGUGUGUAUGGACAAAACAACUGUUUUAUGAUCUCAUCGAUAAGACUCCAUUACCAUGCGACCAAGCAACAGGUGCGGCCCUGGCCGCAGUGUUGGCCGCUCAGAGGGCCAUCGCAGCCGCCAUAGUCGUAGUGACCACAACAGGCCAGUCCGCCCACAUCGUGGCCAAGUACCGCCCACGGUGCCCAGUGAUCGCUAUCACACGAUACGCCAUCAUCGCCCGACAGAUGCACAUGUGGAGAGGGAUAUUGCCGCUUCACUACGAAACAACUCCAGACCCGGAUUGGCAGGUGGAUAUUGAGAAGCGGGUGGCAUUUGCCUCCAAGUGGGGCAUGGACCGUGGCUUCAUCAGGGUCGGUGACCCCAUCGUGAUCGUGUCUGGGUGGCAACACGGUUCAGGGUUCACCAACACCAUGCGAAUCAUCUACGCUGCUGCGGAAGCCGUCGUUAUUCAAUGA